AUGGCUACCAUCAAGCUUGUUCCUUCCUAUAUUGAUGAAUGCCGUCGUUUCUGUUCUCUAUGUCAGUUCAAUGUCUUUCUACGGUCUCUCUGGACUCGAAGACUAUUGGAAAUCUACAGCAAAGCCAAAAUCAUGAGUGCCACGGGAUGUUCCAGUUUUCCAAAUGACUGCGGUCCACUUUCAGUUAAUAUUGAAAUCGAAGGAGUCGGCUUUUACAUCUCAUUCAUCACCACAGCGCUAUUAACUCUCUUGGCCGCCGUUUUACGUCUCCAAUGCCAGCUUGCACUUCAUUCCCACGAGUACGCGGAACAAGCGGAUCUUGAGUAUCAUGAUUUCGCUCACAAGCCAGACAAGGAUACAGUUGCCAAACUUUAUCACCUGGCCAAGGAAAGGAUGCGAUUUUACAGACGAUGGAUUCUGCUCCUCUAUUCCAAGAAGCCCAACCUCCACAGAUACAAGUUACUGAAUGCUGCUUUGUCCCCUCUCAUUCUCUCACUUGCGGACCAACAACUAGUGAUAGGCUUAGCUGUUAUGAUUGCUGGUCUCUACAAUUUUGAUACGAUCAGCACAUAUCAUUACAACAUUAUCGUGUAUCUAGCUUGGUUUCCAAGCUUCACGCAUGCCGUUGCUCUCGUUUCCUUGGGCGGUCAUUUUUCGCAAAACCACAUUUUGGGUGGACUUAGAUUUUGUGGAUACAUCGGCAACUUUCUACUUUUCAUUGUGGCACAAUCCCGAGCAAGAAGUUUUGGGAACACAUCCGGUCUUUUCAGAUCUUUCAACAGUGAGAAGAUAAAUGGAGAAGCAGCAGCUUGUCUAGCGAAAUGUGCGACAGCGGUUCCAUACACAGGCUACGAGCAUCCGCUUCGAAUCGCCAUGAUAACGUUACUCUUUUUCCAAGCAUUUCUGAAAUGCAUUCCACAGUGUACUAGAAAUGGAUUCAGCCUUUCUCUUUACGGUUCGUGUUUGAAAAUCUUUCGUAUCACUAGUCGAGAGAGAUUGUGCCUAUGGCUAGCAUUUGUUUUCCAGGGGUUCAUCGUAUUGUUUUGGCCAUUGCCAAUUCUUGUAAUAGUACUCACAAUGAUAUUUGGCAUUAACCAUGCUCUCAUAAUGAGAGAUGGCUCUCAAUAUCCUGGUUUAGAAAUCACGGAAGACUUCAUCACACAGCAGAAUGCUUGGAAAUUUGGACAAUUCGUUGCCUGUAUCCUCUUAAUAUUACCCAUGAUUUCAGCACUUGAAGGUUAUCUGAACGAGCGAGAAAAAAUCCGCAACGAAAACCAAGCAGCAGCUCUCCCAAGCCACAAUUCCCAAUGGAGACAUCGCAUAAACAUGCUAUUGAAAUUCACCCAUCUCGGCAAACCACCCAGUACAAACAACCAGGGACUUCGUAGUCGCAUAACCAGCUGGGCUGAUAAUAAUAGUGUGGAUCAUCCCUUAUACAGCAAAAGAGAGGAAAGACCUAAUCCUCAUCAAAUGUCUUCGAGAUUAUCACAACCUCGUGAACGACAGAUGUCACAGCCCCUUCCUCUAAGACUAUUUACCAGUGAGUCUGGUGAAUCGAUUCUUCUUCCUUGCAGCGAGGAUGCUUCGCCAGGGUUGGAAAGUGUUAAAAAGUCAUGA